GGGCAGGGCCCAAUGGGCGGGCGGGGUGUUGCGAGGGUGCUAAGAUGGCGGCCAGGUCCACUCAUGUGGCUCUUCGCCUCCUUGCAAUGACUCGGAGUUGCCCCGUUUAAACCGCAAGAUGUGGAGCGGACUCUUGCCUCCAGGACUGAACGAAAGUGAUGUUGACUUGAGUUCGGAUGAUGGAGAUGAAUCACAUUGUUCUUCUUCAAAGGAAGAUGCACAUGAAGAUACUGAAAGAGUUCAGCUUUCUGAAUUGCAGGAGAACGGACCUGAAAGCAGUGCCACCAGUGAAUCACUUCUGACGUCUGUGACAGAGGGAGAAAACGCAUCUGAAACGCGCCCUCCCGGAAUUUCUUUAGAUAUGUGGAAUAAAUUUCUGGAGCUUCAGAAGAAAAACCGUGAAAUGAAAAUGCAAGCAAAUCAGGAAAACAAAGGCCGAAAAAGAAAGCGUGGCAGAAAAGAAAAACUGAAAAAGAACUCUAACGAAGUGGCUAAGAGUGUUCAACAGUUGGCCUGUGAAGACCAAUGGAAAGAACUUACACAGUAUUUUGGAAUCAAUGAUAGAUUUGAAUCACCUGUGGAUAGCAGGGCUCCACAAAAGUCUGGCCUUGAACUUAGCAUAGAGAAGUCUGUGGCUGAAGGUGACAUUGAUAAAGCUGAGGAGCUGAGUGAUAGAUUAGCCAUUCGUGAGCUUGGUGUGAAAAUUGCCAAAGCUGCCGCUUGCCGCAACUUUGUAAAAGCCAAACAAGAAGCAGAGGCUGCCCAAGAAGCUCGAAAGAAAAAGAAGCUUGCUUGGGGAUUUGAAGCUAAGAAAAGAUGGGAAACAAAAAGCAACAUGGGAUACAUGUAAUCCAUUGUAUUUUCAUCAGGAGUUAACUAUCUGGUUUUACUUGAAGAAUCUUUGUGGAUGACUUUCUUAAAUAUAAACACAAAAUUUAAAAAUAAAUAAAAACCACAUAAAUCUUAACACAUCAAAUUACUGUGCUUCGGUGCUUUAAAAUUACAGUAUCUUGUUAAGUCACUCUUACAAUGUAGCAAAAAUGCUAUCUAAACAUAAGUGCUAUGUUAACAGCAUUUUUCUCCAAAAUAUAAAAAUGUAAGGUAAUGUAUUGUGGAAUGUGUUUGGAAGGGAGCUCUCUAAAGAUGGAAUAAAAUACGUCAUCCAAAUGUGUUCUCUGUGCUUCAUUGCAGUUACCAUAUAUCCAUUCCAUGGCUACAAGGAGAGGUAUAAGGUUUUCCGGUUUCCCCUGUUAUACAGACAUAAUUAAGUACUUCUUUCUAUGAUUAUCUGAGAGUUCAGGGUGGUGUUAUGGGGCUGAAUAAAGAAAAGAACACCUUACCUGUUCUAAAGCUGUUCUUACUUACGUAUUUAUGGACUUUGUAAAUGCGAACAGAAGUUGGCUGAAAAAAUCCAUCCUCCCUCUACUGGGAGGAUGUGGUACUAUUCAUUAUGUCCUGGUGCCAUGUUUUUCAGAAUGCUUUAAAUUCCCAGUAUCGUUCCCUUCGUAAGAACUCAAGUUCUUGAAGUCCUAGUUUCUUUGAGUAGAUCAAGUAUAGAAACACGUAUCUUCAAAAAUACCUAAGAUCUGUUAUAUUUUACAGUUAGCUGCACCCAAGAGACAAAUACAGAUUUUACUCAGUCAAAUGUUUUACAGAUAAAUUAAGAUUUGAAUGCUUAUAAGAAUUACAGCAAGAAUUGAUGAUGUUUCCGCAAAAUUGUUCUCAGUGAAAAGUAAGGAUGCAUUCAGAACUAAUAACUUUUCUCCCUGAAGCUCUUGCGUAUGUGUUUAGUCACCACAAUGCCUGAAUUGAAUUGGUAAUGUAAAUGUCAGUUAUUGUUAACCAAGAUUAAUACGUUUCAGGCCAAAGGUAUGGUAUUAGCGUAAUGGUGAUUUACUGUGUAAGUACUUGAGGCUAAAACAACUUGCCAACAAAUAGUAAUUUGAAGUUUUACGGCAUGAAUUCGAAGAGGUUAGAUUUGCAGUCUAACAUGGAAUAGUGCAUUUUUGUUCAUUAGCCCUCAGGAUGUUUGAUUCUUUUUUUUUUUUUUUUUUUUAGUAGAACAUCAUAUUUCUUUCACAAAGAUGAGAGUUUGCAAUAUGGUAAUCUGCAGUUAGCUGUAAUUAGUUAUGAUGAUGGAGUUGAAUACAAUUGCCAGGACUGUAAAUCAGGGGCUAAACAGGUUUCUGCAAUAGAACAUCGUAAAUCUCACACAAUGGUUUACAAAAUACAUUAGCUUUAGAAACUGGUAUGGAAGGAAGUGAUAUCUCUUAGUAAAAUGUUUGCAAAGGUAGGUUGCAUGCUUAUUGUUGUAACCCAUCUAGAUGACACCAUGAAUGUUUAGAUUUUUCCUUGGUCCCAGAGCAAGUAGGUUUGUGCAAAACAUUCUUGUCCAAAACUUAACGGGCACUCUGCCCAUAGAUUCUGUUAGUUUUUUUUAGCACUUGGCAGAUAGGUCUUAGAUAUAGCCGACCUUUCUGCUUAUGACACCCUGAAAAGCAGAAUGAUUCUAAUAACUUUUUGCUGAAAACAUCAGAAGUAUUUGAUUAUUUAAACACAAAAGUACUGUAUAUUAAGCAUUGUAUACAUCUGCCCAUACUACUCUUAAUAGUAACAGUAUAUGUUGGUCAAAUAAAGAUCUUCAUCUAAUCAUAA